CUUGGAGCAGCCUGGAAGCAUGGCGGGCCGCAGAGCUGCCAUCAAGGCCAUUGACUGGGCAGCCUUUGCCGAGAGAGUGCCCCCCAACCAGAGGGCCAUGUUCAACGCCCUGAAGACCCGCAGUGACGCGCUGUCGGCCCGGAUGGCUGCCUUGCCAGAGAAGCCCCCAACCAUUGACUGGGCUCACUACAAGGCUACUGUUGCUAAAGCUGGCAUUGUGGAUGAGUUUCAGAAGAAGUUCAGUGCACUAAAGGUUCCUGAGCCAGUGGAUACACAAAGUGCCAAAAUUGAUGCCCAAGAGCAAGAAGCUGCAAAGAGUAGUGCUGAAUAUGUGCAGGCUUCCAAAGCUCGUAUUGCCCAGUACGAGCAACAACUUCAGAAGCUCAGAAGCAUGAUUCCCUUUGACCAGAUGACAUUUGAAGAUUUGAACGAAGCCUUCCCUGAAACCAAACUGGACAAGGAGAAAUACCCGUACUGGCCCCACAAAGCGAUUGCUGAUCUGUGAACUUGACCGGAAGCAGUUUGUCUAAUUACUGUCUGACUCUGUGGUCUUUUAAAUAAAGUACUUUCCUUCCUGUC